UGUAACUAUCCGUAACUCUCUAACUAGAAACUCUCCAUCGCAUUUUAUAUGUCACCCCACUAUCUCCACCUCUGCGAUCUUCUUUUCCACCGAAGGCAUACUGAUUGUCGAGAGAUGUGCACCAAAGGUCACUGGAGGCCUGCAGAGGACGCGAAGCUCACGGAAUUGGUUGCCAAAUAUGGCCCUCAUAACUGGAACGCCAUCGCCGAGAUGCUUCAGGGUAGAUCAGGAAAGAGCUGUAGGUUGAGAUGGUACAAUCAACUGGAUCCAAGGAUCAACAAGAAUCCUUUCACGGAGGAGGAAGACCAGCUGCUGCUCGCCGCUCACCAGAUCUAUGGAAACAGGUGGGCUAUCAUCGCACGCCUAUUCCCCGGACGCACCGAUAACGCCGUGAAGAACCAUUGGCAUGUGAUCAUGGCACGGAAGCACAAAGAACGGUCUCAGCUUCAUGGUAACUUCGUCGACGAGGAGCAGUCUCAGAGAUGCAAGAAAAGAAAGCUUGAGCCGAGAAAUAUGGUUUCCAUGAUCGAGGAGUCUGAUAGAACAUCUGUCACGGUUCAUCACUCUCAGCAUGAGGAUUCUCACCUUGACAUGCAUGAAGAUAGAGAUAACUCGAUGGAGUUCUAUGACUUCCUCCAAGUAAACAGUGACUCUGACAGCACUCAGGAGCAUUUGGGAAGAAAGAGAGAAGAAGAUGGGAAGGAGAAGAAGGGAACUCAUGUCAGGUUCAUUGAUUUCAUGGCUGUUGGAAGCAUAUAAUUAUCCUUAUAGGAAAAGAAUUAACAUCUUCACAAUCUGUUUAAUUUGUGUGCUGCGCAUAAACCCUAACAUAUAAUUGAAUCAUGACAACUGACAUGUACAUGGCUUGCAAGCUCUCCGAAUGAAAGCAUUCCUCAAGAGCAUGCAUCUAUGGAUUUGUAGGAACAUUGAUGAGUGGACAACUGUAAUA